UCUAAAUAGUUGAACCGGCCGGCAAACAGUCGCUGAUAUUGUUUUGAAAACACUAAAAAAAUCAUCUAAGAAUAGACACUCGUACUGAAUCAGAAGGGAUAAUGAAGUAUUGUUUGAUUUCGUAACCUCCGACCAGUUCCUCCUCCUCGAAUAAUCUCAAUGAAAAGAAAAUUUAUCGCGAUCACAAUGGCAGCUCCUAUAGAACUAGAAGGUCGAAACCUUGGUGAGAAACACAAGCAUUUCAAUCAACUAGUCAAAGAAGCUACUGCAACUCAAACUUAUAAAAUAGAUGAAUUUAAUGUAGAGGAGGGAGAUAUCAAAAAUUUGUUGAAAAUCGACGUAGCCAACAAGAAAAGAGAUGUAAAUUAUAUAUUAAAAGUUCUGGUAUGUGACGACCUGUUAUAUGUAUCAAGAGCAAUUAAACAUUGCCAGUGGUUAGUAACUAGUGAUGAAUACAAAAAUAUUAUUAACCCAGAAUAUUUACACAGUACUCUCUUUCCACAAAUGAAUACUAAGAGUAUUAAUAAAUUUACUAAAUAUAUUCAGUUAAAUCUUAAAGAUACGACUAGAGCUGAAAAAUUUUAUGAAUACGAAAAAUCUCCUGAGAAGGCGGUCUACUGGUUACCACACUGCUCCGCAGAAUUUAUUCUACAACAUUUUGCAAAACAUAUAGACCAUUUGAAAAUAUCCCUAAUCCAACGACUUUGUCAAAAGAACAUAUUGGUGCUCGAAACUUUCGUUGAUGCCUACAGCCCUAUCCCUAAAAGUAAGGUUUUUGAAGCUACUAUAUUUGUAUUAAACUCAGAGAAUAUUAAUAAGUAUUUGGAUUUUGUGGAAAAACUUCAAAAUUAUGAAUACCCAAAAUUAAACAAGACCAGCACGAAUUCAGUUAUGAAGCUUGCCUCUAAAAGAAUUUUUGACAAGUUCGAGGAUUAUUGUGACUACAUUCAUUUACCAACAUUUAUAAAAUUUUUGCAAAGUAAAAAUAUUAAAACCUUUCUAUUGGAACAAGCAUCUAAAGCAGAAGAACAAAAUAGAGCUACAGGGAUUUUCAAUAAAUAUCAACUGAAAUGUUUUUUUGAAGCUAUGCCCAAAGAAGAACGAUUUGAUUUUAUAAGACAAAUUUUCAUUGAUAAGAUUCAUGCCCAAAAAAAAAAAAUAUUGACUGACUCUGAAAUUAGAGCAAUGAGCUACUUGUAUAAUUGUAUAAAGAAUAAACGAUGGUAUAACGAACUGCAGUUAUAUCAGUACGCUCCAUUCGAUGUCGCUUUUGCAUAUAUUACGAAACUCAUUAAUAAAGAACCAAAAAAUUCAGAUAAAAAAAAUAUGUUUUCAACGCUGUUACUAACUGCUAAACACAAUGAUCAGAAUAUAAACCUUCUGUUACAAUAUUUUAGGGACAAACAUAUGAACACGCAAUUUGAACUGAGGUACCAAUUCAUAAAAGAUAUCAUUGGUCAAACACAUUUUCACAAAUUUAGUCAAAACAUGUGGAAUGUUCUAGAGGAAAUUAUGAUGGUAGAUAUCGUCGAUUCCGAUCAUGAUGUCCAGGUAUUUUUAGAGUCUGUAAUCAUAUAUAAAGUACUGCAUUCACAAAAUGUGCCAGAGAUAGUUGCAAAUAAAUUUCACUUUAAUUCAUUGGCCACCUAUAAAAAAAGAUUACAAAAGGAAGAUGAAAUUUUAAUUUUUAAUUAUUUAUAUAACAACAUUGAAACCAAAUUAAAUGGAUGCCACGAUGUUAAAACAGAGCAACAAUUAGGUGAAACUAUUAAAAUAUUAGAUUUAAUAUUAAAUUUAUUAAAUGACUGGAAUAAAGAUCUACGAGAAUUUCCGUUAAUUAUCACUGCAAUAAAAGAGCUUAUAAAAAUUAAGAAACAACAUUCAUGGAAGUUAGAUUUAUCUUUUCUGUACAAUAAAAACCAAUCUUGGAAGAUAUGGCUUUUCGAAGAGUCUUUUGACCUACAUCCUUGUCAGACUGUUUUUAUUAACGCCAUUAAACAUGACCCAACAAUGUUUGAUCGAUAUAAAUCGGAAGCUGAAGAAUUGUGUUUAACAGACAAAGAAAAUAUUAUACAGUUCUUAAGAAAAAUAAAAAUUUACUGGCCACAGUCACUUACUAAAGUUUGGACUGAUGUUUUCAAUAAUCAACUCCAUAAUUUGAAUUAUCAAAAGGCAUCCUCUCUCGGAAUGUGUAUUUUGCUUCCCAGAUCAGAACUUUUAACUAUUUUAAAUAAAUAUGCCCCUGAGAAUCCUAAAAUAGAUUAUGGUAAUAUAAACGAACUAAAUUUAAAUAUGCAAAGAUGUUUUGCAAAAAAUAUGCAUAUUGCAAGACCUCAACCACCACCUGAAAUCAUUUUACGUUAUGCACAGGGAGAUUAUCUCAAAUGCUCUUUGCCCUCAUUAUUGUCAAUUUACCAUAAUUUAAGUGCAGCAUGCAGUGUAAAAUAUAUUUCAGAGCUUUUGAAUGCACAAGUGUCUCUCCAAAAACAUGCUAUACGUUUUUCAUUUAUAAAAAUGAAAAUUCAUGAAAUACCUAUUCUCUAUGCAAAAGUUUGGUCAACUUCGAAGAAUACUACGAUAAGAAGUGUUUUGUUUAAAACAGUACAUGAAUUACUGUCAAAAGAAAAAGACCCUAAAGGAAUAGAAUCACUAUGGAAUUUGUUGGAAAUGUUUAUUGAUAAUUUAACUGUUAACGAAAAUAAAAUUGUGUACGAAACUUUAUUAAAAGUCAGUGAUACUCCCAAAACCAUCAGAGCUAAUUUCUUCGUAAAGAGCUUCACAUUUUUGAAAACUUUACAAGUGUCUAAAACUGAAUAUGAAAAGUAUAAUUCAGAUAUCAAAUAUACACUAUUUUCUUAUGCGCGAGAAAUAAUAGACACUCUACCAUCAGCAUUUGUGGCAAGUAUGUUACUAGAAUUUAUUGAUGAUGACUUCAUUAAAGAAAGUGGAUACUCUUAUACAAUGAGAGCGAAUAUGCUCGUAAUCACCUCCUACCUGCUAUCUUCAAAAGAUAAAUGUGAACAAAUGAAGAAGUACGAAGAAAUAUUUAUUCCUAUUGUAAAGCACUGUACUACCUCAUUUAAAGAAAACAAAAACCGGGAUCAUUGUAUUAAAAACCUCGAAACCUUACUUGACAUAUUAUGCGAAGACGUGCAGAUAUAUUUCUUCGACAAGAAAAUGAUUCUCCCCAUAGAAAUGUUUUCAGCCAUAAAAGAUGAUUUGGAAAAAAUAUUUUCCGAAACAGAAAAUUAUUUGUUAUUAACGAAAUGGACACUGGCCUACGCGUUUAUUAAGAGUUUAAAUGGACUUCAGGGUAAUGAUUGGAACGAGCUAUGCCUCGCAGCAGCCUCUCUGUUUGGUAAAGAAUGUUACCAAGUUUUGUAUGAACAUAGCAAAAAAUACUUUCCUCGCAUUUAUAUUCUCUUUGCAAGUGCUUUGCAAACUGUCUUAAACUUAUUUAUUCAAAAUAACACAAAUGCCUCAAGAUUGAAGAUAUAUGAAUGUUUGAUUCACGACAAGGAUUUUGUGAUAGGUUAUCUAACUGCUUUAAAACUUUAUCCUAAGAAUUUUUCAGAUGAUGAAUCUAAAGAACAAGUUGAAAAAUUGCGUCAAACUUUAUUUGAACACCCAUCGCUAGAAGUAAAGAUGCACUGUCACUACGAAUUCCUAGAAACAUGAAAACACUAUAAUAAUUUUAUAUUUCUUUGACAGCAACAACAUAUUAUAAGGUACUAACAUAAGUUUAGGAUUCUAGAUGACCUGUUUUAUAAUCCAUUUUAUCUUUGUCAUAAUUAUGUUUUCAUAUUACACAAAACUUUUCACUGUCCACUUUACAAUAUUUCUCUAGCCUAAAAUUCUCUUGAGCGAUAUCACCGGCCUUUUAUUCUAUGUAGUUAACUUUUGUUACCUAUAAUUAUCGUAACAACAUUCUGUAGCAUAUAGAUAAGUGUUAACAUACCUACAUACAUAAUAUGGCGCAGAUAAAAUGAAUUCUGCUUUAUUUUUGGUUCAACCUUAAUAAAUGUUAUGUUCUACAUAUGUUUAUUAAUAAACAUUUUAAUAUCG